AUGGCAGGAAUUCACAUUGAAUGGCAACAUCUAACAGAGGUCUGUGCUGCAGCCCCGGUGACCCCAGGAGCAGCUGCGAGACCAAGAUGGAAGAGCUUCACAGCUGAGACUUGUCUUAGGGGUAAGAUCGGAGCAGGGAAAAGUGCCACAGGCAACAGCAUCCUCAGAGAGAAAGUGUUUCAUUCCAGCAUUGCGGCAACAUCAGUCACCAAGACCUGUAACAAAGGGAGCAGCAGGUGGCAGGGAAGAGAAAUUGUGGCCGUGGAUACGCCUGUCAUUUUUGACACUGAGGCACAGGAUGCUGACACCUGCAAGGAGAUUGCUCCCUGCAUCUUCCUGACCUCCCCAGGGCCUCAUGCUCUGCUCCUGGUGGUCCCGCUGGGCCAGUACAUGCAGGAAGAGCACAAGGCCAUGGAAAAGAUCCUGCAAAUGUUUGGACUCAUAGCUAGGAGAUACAUGAUUCUCUUAUUCACCCGGAAAGAUGACUUGGAUAGCAUCAAUUUUCAUGAAUACUUAAAGGAAACACCAGAAGGUAUCCAAGAGCUGGUGGGGAAGUUUAGUGAUCGCUACUGCAUCUUCAACAAUCUGGCGACAGAAGCUGAGCAGGAGGCCCAGAGAAACCAGCUGCUGGCCCUAGUCCAGUGAGUGGUGGCUGAGCAUGAAGGAAGAUGCUACACGAAUAAGAUGUACCAAAAGGCCGAAGAGGAAAUUCAGAAACAAAUACAAGUGAUGCAAAAACUUUACAGAGCAGAGUUAGAGAGACAGAGGGUGCAGAUAAGAAGGGAGUUUGAAGACAAAGUCAGAAAGCUGGAAGAUAAACUGGAGUGACAGAAAUGAAGCAAAACAUGGAGAGAGAAUUGGCAGAGAAAGAGGUUUUCUAUGUCCUAAAGCAACAAAAUUCCAGUUAUCAAAUUGAGAGUCAAUGUUGACUACUUGAAUUUAUCAUAGGAGCACUGAAGAAGGCUUUUGUUUUUUUUCUUUCACCUGUUUAUGGAAGAUUAACUUGAAUGAGAAGAUCUCCUUAUUUCCUACCCAUUUUGUGCUGGCCCUCCCCAACCCCUCACCCCCCAACUCAUUCACCAACCUUGGAGCACUCUUCCUUCUGUCUCUCAGACUCUCAAGACUAAGGGGUAUAAUCAGGUUCACUGUUGGCGAUUGGUAGAUAUUUGAUUGACUUAACAGGGGAGGGACAAAUUCUCAAUUUGUGGAACUCCAGAGUAGAACGUAUUGAUGCUCUUCUAAGAAGAUGA